UAUGAUAAGCAGGAAGAGACGGGACGCUGCUGACUGCGGUCGCGUUUGUGUGAACGGUAACCAGGAAGUAGGGAUCGUGUGCAAAGUGUGUGACAGGAACUGGAGCGUAGACUGGCCCGAGCGCACCGGCGCAGGAGAAGGGACGGGGUCCGGAGAAGGAGGCAGCCGGCAAGCUGUAGGCAACCUGCGAGGGGUCACUGUUUAUGUGCCUCACUGCAAGGUCAAUGCCAACUGACGCUCCGGAAACGCAGGUUCAGGCGUUAGCCCAACUGUUGCGGGAUCAUGGGGAUUCUGUGCUCGACGGAUCCCGCGUCCUCUCCCUUCUCACGCCGUGCCUGCAGGUUGCCACUCGCCUAUUCGAACAGCUUUUCCCGCGAGGGCCGGGAUCUGGGUUCCAGGCGCUGCCGGCUCACCCUGCGGAUAACCUCCCUGUUCUACGGACGCAGUUCCUGCUAGACAUGUUUCAGAAAGCGCCUUCGCUCAAGCUCAUUCACCCCUCUGAUUCCCCUCGCCAGCUGGAUGUGAAUAUUUUCCCCUUUAAGUCGCUGCGAAGUCUGGAGUUGCGUUCGCUGCCUCCGCAUUGUCUUCGUGGCUUGCGAUCGGUUUAUUCUCAGCUGGAGGUGCUGACCUGCUCCAAGUGCGUCACCAGUUUGGAGGAAUUGAUCUCUCUCUGCGGGGGAGAUCUGAGUUCGGCUUUACCCUGGCUGGAGCUGCACACGCUGAAUUUCGGCUACAAUACAAUCAAUGCUUUGGAUAACUCCCUGGAAUUAUUAAACAGUUUGAAAAUCCUGGAUCUAAGUCACAACCAAAUUAAAGAAUGCGGGUCCUAUUUAAAGGUGCUCUCAGAGCUUCAGUAUCUGAAUUUAGGAUAUAACCUAUUAACGACGGCCCCGGAACUCGGCACGGAAGCCUCCGCCAAACUGCAGACUCUGAUCCUUAGACACAAUCAGCUGUCCAACACCAGCGGAUUGGAACUGCUAUCCAACCUGCAGCACUUAGAUUUGUCCUUUAACCUCCUCCAUGACCAUGCGCAGCUCAAAGGCUUGGCCAGACUACACAAUCUCAGAAAGCUUUACCUGAAAGGGAACCCCAUUUAUUUUCAUAAAGACUAUAAAGUGUUAACAGCCCAGCAUUUAUCACCCAAAAGCUCUGACAAGAUGUUUUUGGAUGGGGUGUUGCUGGCCAGGCUAGAGCUAAUGAAUAUACAGAAUAUAACGGGUGAAGCGGUCAGGCAGCCUCCCCCAGGCUCUGCGAACGAGAGUUCAUGCACCGGCGAUUUAACGGACAGCUGCUCGGCUGCGGACAGAGGUGCUGCCCGACUCCCGCGGAAGAAAUCCAAGGUUAAAGUGCGUAGGGCGAGUAUCUCUGAGCCGAGUGACAGCGAGUGUGAGCAGCGAGGACAGCCGAUCGAGCCGGUAUUGCAGCACCAGAAGGAUAUCGAGCGUACCGACAGCUUUCGGGAGCAGUUCGGGGUGGACUGGCUGCAGUACAGAGCUCACUUGGAGAGCGAACUCGGUCAGGAUCACCCCGACGGUCGCGGUCCUCCUCCUGCCAGAUGUUCUCCUUCUCCUGUCCAGAGCCCUUCUGUUUCUCCUGUACCAAACAGUGAGAUCAAGCGGAAAAGCCCAUCCCCUGCUCCGGAGUUACCCAACCCUACCCCGGCCUGGUCUCCUGACAAAAAUAAUAGCCCCGAUGUGGCUGUAGAUAAGCUGAUAGAGAAGAUUGAAGAUGUUCUGGAGGAUAACUUGUGGGGGCAAGAGGACAAUAGCCGACAAGAAGAUGAAGAUGAUGUCAUAAAAGAUGCCCUGUGUCCCCCCGUAACGGUGUGCCCGGUCCUGUAUGGACAGCCACGUAACCCGGAUUGGCCUUGGGUAUUUUUGCGCGUUACGCGCCAGUUCCUGUUGGAGAUAGACCUGGAACGCGGGAGGAUUUUGGCCAAAAGGGAACUGCGCAGCCUACGGGACAUUCAGACGUCUGUGACGCCCUGGGAAUGGAAUGGCGAGGAGCAGGAACUUCCGGUCCUAACACUGAUCUUUGAUUCGGUUUGCGAGGAGAAACAGAGGUUGCAAUUUGUGGUCCUAGAUAACACCCCGCAGAUCUCCGUAACGACGCUGCUUGAAGUGUUGGGUCCCAUCCUGGAGGACAACCAGAGAGAGAAAUCCGUGUCCGGCGAACAGCGCACGAGUUUUCAGUGUCUCAAAUGCAAAGCGGAAUUCAAUCCAGAAGAGGAAGAUGAGGACAUCUACAGGACAGCCUCCGAACCAAAGGACCACACAGCGAACGGCCCCCUCGGUGAUCCCACAGGUGACUCCAUCCACGGAGAUGCUUGUUGCCCAUCGUGUGGAAGUUGUCACGUUGUCCUGGCGCCUUUGAAUCAGAACAGAGGCUGCAGUACGCCUGUGAUUUCCGUGCCCAGCGAACAGACGCAAGGAAGGUCCGAAACGGACAACCAGACGUCCUUUUACACGGGAGAAGGCGAUGCUGAGAGCCUGGGAACGGGCAGCAGCUCCAUCGGCACUCGAGACGACACGGAGAGCAGUAUCUUCUACAGCUGCAACGCGGAACAGCAGGGACUGCAGCCCCCGGCAGACACCAGCUACAACAGUCUGUCCGGCAGCUACCGAUACGGCACUCCUACCCCGGCGUUACGUCACAGCAGCCUUUUACCAGAGGACUCGUGUAAGAUCAGCCCAGGGUCUCGGCAAAGUUUAGACUUUCGUCUGGUGGAUCAUCGGCUCAAGCUGUAUCUGGAUAUGGAGGUCCUCGGAGGAGAGAUGGAAGAGUUUCGAUGUUGCAUUAGGGUUCCGGUCGUUCGAUUUGGACGUUCCGAAGAAUUCCGGGCUCUGGUGGUCGUGUCAAACCAGAAAAUCUAUUUCUUGGAAGUGACCGGGGAUGUUAGAGGACCUCCGUGCGACUGGCUUCAGCCUGGAGACGCGCAGAACCUGACGUCGCUCACCCACCUGCACGUCGGGCUCAACCAGCAGACUCUGCACCUCGGGUUUGACGGCCCUGAAGCUGCUUACACCCUCCUGACCAGGAACCGCUUCUACAGCGCGACCUUCAGCAAGGACAUCCUGGACACCCUCUCCGAGUUACCUCCACGGUACCGCAAUAGUCUGGUACACAGUCUAGAGGAGCCCAUCGCAGCGGAGCAUCGCCUUUGGCCUCUUCUGCAAGAUAACCUUAAGGCGGAGAAUAAAAGCCCCCCGGAGUUUCUGUACCUGCUGGUGUACUUUGUGAAAGAGGACGUUGUUUCCCAGAAAUCCACCGAAUCUCACAUGGCGGAGCGUAACGGCGUAUCCUCCGAGGCUGUAGCGACCGGUGCCUCUCCGGCGUCCCUGCUGUUCACGCAAACUCACAUGUACCUGCUGGAGGAGAGCCACCAGUGGCUUCACGCUGUCCCCGCCGAGCCGAGCGACGGCCUCUCGGGACACCGGGACGCGGUGCAUGUGACAGAGAAACAGCCGAUCAGCAGCAUCAGCUCCGUGCAUUUGUUCAAGUCGGCCUCUCGUCACCUCCACAUCCGGCUGUAUAACGAGACCCAGCAGAGCGAGAGUGCGUGGCUUCUAUGGACCGAAGACGCGUCGCUGCCCGGGGAGAUCGUGGAGUGGCUCCGUGCCCCGUGGGAAGCAGAGUACCACAUACAGUUUAACCCGGUCGUCCAUGACCCGCUGGAGUGAUGCUGUCCUCGGCCUGAAGGAGAAAAAUGAACUGAGAACCGGCAC